ACAAACUGCAUCAACAUGAAGACCUUCGUCGUACUAAUCUGCUUGGUGGUGACCGCACACGCCUUUAAGGAGACCUUGAAGACCAUCCUGAAGUCUCCUAAGAAUACUCGACAGCUUUACCAACAUUUCAAAGCCAAGCAGCACUUGAAGUUUGGCAGCAGCUUAGAGGAAGGCAAGCGAUUUAAAAGAUUCAAAAGAAAUGCCAGAUUUGUUGCACAGGCUAACGAGCAUAGCACCACAACCAAGUUCGCCCUAAACUUCUUCUCAACCAUGACGAGAGCUGAAAAGAGGCAGUACACAGGUCUGAAUAUAACCGGGCAUUUUGCCAAUUCGCCAAGGUUGUCAUCAGGACUGCAAGCUGCAGCAACUGAAGUUAUGUGGACAACCAAAGGAGCUGUAACUAAAGUUGCAAACCAGGGAACUUGCGGAUCUUGCUGGACCUACGGAGCAGUAGCAGGUCUGGAGUCCAGAUACAAACAUUUCUCAGGAGUGCUGAGGAAGUUCUCAGAGCAAGAGUACCUUGACUGCGUCUACGAGGGACAGAGAGAUGGGUGCCAAGGGGGAUGGCCUGACGACGGAUACACGUACAGUGCGGAUAAAAGAUCCGGCCAGUUGGCUUCCUCAGCUCAAUAUCCCUACACAGGAACAGACGGACAAUGUCAGACUACCAAAGGCAACUCUCUUAUCGCAUACAAGAUUACUGGAUUUGAAAAGGUAGGAGGCACUGAAGCAGCUAACAUCGUAGCCCUCAAUACUGGAUCCCUCUCCGUAGCAUUCGAGGUGACGGACUACCUACAACAAUAUUCCAAGGGUAUCAUGAAGGACACAACCUGCACUGGGUCACCUAACCAUGCUGUCGCUGCUGUGGGAUACACCGCUGACUACGUUCUGGUUAAGAACUCCUGGGGUGAUCAGUGGGGAGAGCAAGGUUUCAUCAGGUUCGCUAGAAACCAUGGAAAUUGCGGGCUAUUCGAGUACAGCUCCUAUCCUAAACUUGCAGGAACAGGAACAACUGAUACCAGCACUUCUGAUCCAGCUGCUAGCUACACCCCGAACGAUGACUCCAGCUCCGACGACUCUGCCUGUGUGGACGAAGCAAUUGAUUGCGAGAGCUGGAUGUGCAGCAUCUCGGGCUACGAAGAUGUAAUGAAGGAGUGGUGUCAAAAGACAUGCAACCAUUGCUCCAGUGGGACUUGUGCUACCGGCACGGUGAAAUGCAGUGAUGGAGUUUGCAGACACGAGCAUAUGUGCUAGUUAGUUGAGGAGAGGCGUGUUUGAA